CAUUCCUCUCUCUCACUCUCAAUAAUUCUCACACCUACUAACCCUCCAGUCUUGUCCUCCAUUCUCCGACCAUGCCGGGCGAGUACUUCAACGUCCCCCUCCGCCGCGUCGCCAUCGGCAGCCACGAUGAGUUCCGCCAGCCCGGCGCCGUGAAGGCGGCGGUGGCUGAGUUCAUCAGUACCCUCGUGUUCGUCUUCGCCGGCUCUGGCUCUGGCAUUGCCUACAACAAGCUCACUGGAAACGCCCCCAACACCCCCGCCGGCCUCAUCGCUGCCUCCGUUGCCCAUGCUUUCGGACUGUUCGUGGCUGUCGCCAUUGGCGCUAACAUUUCCGGCGGCCACGUCAACCCCGCAGUCACGUUUGGGCUGUUUGUUGGUGGAAACAUCACUCUGUUCCGUGGUAUUCUCUACAUCAUCGCUCAGUUGCUCGGCUCCAUUGUUGCUUGCCUCCUGCUCUCCUUCACCACCGGCGGCUGGGCAAUUCCCGCAUUCACCGUCUCCGGCGUGUCUGUCUGGAGCGCCUUCGUUUUUGAGAUUGUGAUGACCUUCGGGCUCGUCUACACGGUCUACGCCACCGCCGUCGACCCAAAGAAGGGUGAAAUCGGCGUCAUCGCACCCAUUGCCAUCGGUUUCAUCGUGGGAGCUAACAUCCUGGCCGGUGGUGUAUUCACCGGAGCAUCGAUGAACCCUGCAGUGGCCUUCGGCCCUGCAGUGGUGAGCUUCACCUGGACCAACCACUGGAUUUACUGGGCCGGGCCCCUGAUUGGCGGAGGGCUGGCCGGCGUUGUGUACGAGGGGUUUUUCAUCAGCCACACCCACGAGCCGUUGUCGGAGUUCUAAGGAAAAUUGGAGCUGAUUUUCUAUUUGAUGUAAUUGUUUGAUGAGGAUGAUGAGUUUAUUCUAGUGUUUGUAAUUUCAUCUCUUGUGGUUUGUUGAACUUUGAAUUGGUGGCUGUGAAUUUGUGAAAUUUAAUCUGUAUUUCCACGGCUUAUUAUUAUUAUUACUACUAUGCUCCAUUCUUCAA